AUGUCAUUCCGUGGAGGCCGUGGUGCUGCCGGUGGCGGCCGCGGUGGUUUUGGCGGCCGUGGAGGUAUGCAAUCGCCCCCCGGGGUCGCGGAGGCUUCCAGCAGUCUUUCGGUCCGCCCGCGCAAGUUCUCGGUAAUUAUAUGCGAAUGCUACGUGGUUUUUGGAUCUAGUGCUGAUAUUCCGGUAGAGAUGGGAACGGUCAUGCACGCUUGCGAAGGCGAAAUGGUCUGCGAAUCGAUCAACCCGAAGAUCCCCUACUUCAACGCUCCGAUCUACCUCGAGAACAAGACUCCCAUCGGCAAGGUCGACGAAGUUCUGGGUCCUAUCAACCAGCUGUUCUUCACCAUCAAGCCCCAGGAAGGCAUUGUCGCAACUUCGUUCAAGCCCGGCGACAAGGUGUUUAUUGGCGGUGAUAAACUGCUUCCUCUGGAGAAGUUCCUCCCCAAGCCCAAGGCCCCAGGUGGUGCCAAGCCCAAGCGUGCGGGCGGUGCUCGCGGCGGUGCUCCUCGCGGUGGCCGUGGUGGCCGCGGUGGCUUCUCUCGCGGCGGCGGUGGUGGUUUCUCUCGCGGCGGCGGCGGCGGCUUCUCCCGUGGCGGCGGUGGUGGCUUCUCUCGUGGCGGCUCGCGUGGGGGCUUCUCUCGCGGCGGCAGCGGUGGCUUUUCUCGUGGUGGCCCCCGGGGUGGUUCGCGCGGUGGUGGUUUCCGUGGUGGCCGGUAG